CAACAACAACAAAAGCUAACAAGGAGUUAUUGGAAUUUUCUGUGCAGACAGCCAAAUGUGUUUGACUCAGGAUGAAAAAAACUUGUCACACUUUUUGUUUUGAAUUAAAGCUAGUGUUAUAGACAUGAUGAUUCCACAACUGAAAAGGAAUAAACUCACCUUGUUGUUUUUUGUCUCAUCAUUUUUUUUCAUUUUACUUCUCCUACAUGAAGUGUCCAAGAGAGAUACAGCAUUGGCACGGCUAGAAUCACAGCUGUCACAGAUAAAACCUGGAAAUGCUAGACGUCACCUCACUGAAAGUUAUGAUCAGCCGUAUGCAGAUUAUUUCAACAGUGAUGAAACAGUUGUGAUCUAUAAUCGUGUACCGAAGACUGGAAGUACAUCAUUUGCUGGAAUAGCCUACACGCUGUGCUCGACAAACAGAUAUCAUGUUCUUCAUGUGAACACUACAAGAAAUGUGCACACACUCUCAAUUAAUGAUCAGAUGCAUUUCAUACAGAACAUUACAAACUGGGAGGCAAAGAAACCAGCCAUAUAUCAUGGACAUUUCUACUUCGUUGACUUCUUAAAACUGGGAUUCAAUGAUAGAAGACCGGUGUAUAUAAACAUAAUCAGAAAGCCUCUAGAUAGACUACUAUCCUACUACUACUUUGUGCGAUAUGGCGACAACUUCCGACCCCACCUCAAACGAAGAAAAAUGGGCAAUCAAAUGACAUUUGAUGAAUGUGUGGCCAAGGACCAUAAAGAUUGUGAUCCUGUCAACCUGUGGCUUCAGAUACCUUUCUUCUGUGGACAUUCAUAUAGAUGCAGACAGCCAGGCAGUAGAUGGGCAUUAGAGCAAGCUAAGUUCAACCUGGCAAAUAAAUACUUGCUUGUGGGUGUAACAGAAGAGUUAGGGGACUUUAUUGCUAUGAUGGAAGUUAUACUGCCAAGGUUCUUCAGAGGAGCAAUGGAUCUGUAUCUCAACGGAGAGAAGUCACAUCUUCGUCAAACAAAUAAAAAAGACAAACCGAGUGAAGAUUCCAUAGCAAAAAUACAAGAGUCCUCGAUUUGGAAGAUGGAACACGAAUUCUAUGAAUUUGCCCUGGAGCAGUUUCAUUUCCAAAAGAGAUUAACGUUUCAAGCAGUAGAUAAAUUAGAUGAGGAGAGUUUAAAAGAAAGCUCAGAUGUUCAAAAUCAGCAGACAUAUUUGUUGUCGGACGGACAUUUAUAUAUACCAAAAAGGUUGCAGUUUCACUACGAAAAAGUUCGGCCUUAGUGAAAGCAAGAAGUAUUAAUAAAAAAAAAAUUAUUAGCAGUAGCAAGAGCUGCCGCAGUUGCAGUUUUGAUGUACCAAAUAUGCUUACAGUAGCUUAUACCUGUUACACAGGAAAUGAAGUGUUCAUCAGUAUCUUAUAGUUAAGAUUGUAGACUCCAAGAUUAUAAAAUGUAUAGGAGACAAAAUCUCAAAAUGCAGUAUUGCCAUUGGUUGGUUUUAAGAGCCUAUCCAAAAACAGCCAAUCAAAUGCUCGAGUUUUGAGAUGGGUGACUAAUUUUGAUUUUAUAACCUUGGGGCUCAGGAAAUUUAUUGUAACGACCAUGGCAGAUAAAGGAAUUGUUGAAAAGUUGCUUUAUUUAUCCAAACUUGGUUAGAGUGGUGCAGGGGUAUUCCCAUUAAGGUGACUCCUUGUCUAUAGGGUAAAAAAAUAAGUAUGACAUUCCCUACAGUACUACUGGUCAUAAAUAUACGUAAUGAGAAUCUGUUGAUAUUUUGCAGUUAGACUUUUUUUAAACAUUUUGAAUUCAAAUAUUAUAGCAGUUUCAGUUAUUAUUAAUACCAUAUAUAAAGGGAUAUUUUGUACUUGGUUAAUAACUGGCCUAAUUUGCCUCACACACUGAAAGCUGAAAAUAGAAUAUACCAGAAUUAGACAAGAUUUAAAAGUUUGUUGUAAAAUAAGUGAAUUUUAUCAAAGACAAAUAGCUAUACACUGCAAACAAAAUUUUUCUAGUAUUUCGAAGGCAGUUCUAUUGUUUCAUCACCUGCCAAAAUACUCUGGUUGAUGGCUAAUAGGAUAAUUGGUAUUUCAUUUUUUUCAAAAACCAUGUAUAAUUUUUAUUUUUUUUUUUAAAAGAUUUAAUUUCUGCAUUACAAAAUAAUUACAACUAAAUGUAUUGUAUAUCUGUCACUCAGCUGUUACUAAAAGUUACUUCUGGAACAAGUCGUAUAAUACACAAUGCAAUGCAACUGAUGUCAUAAAAAUAAAAAAAUAUUAAAGAGAAAAUAUGUGUAAAAAAAUGUUUGUUUUUAACCUCUUCAUUUGAGCAACGAACUAUUGCCUUUAAAUCGGUUUAAAGGCACUGACCUCCAGAUUUGGCUAAAAAAUAAUCUUUCUUUCAAAUUGAAGUUUGUUCAUAUCAUGAACAUUAGAAUAUGAGUUUUUGUUUCUAAAAUAUUUUAAAAAUUCCAAUUAAAAAAAAAAGAGAUGACCGCGUGGGGAAUUGAGCCUCAAACUGCCGCAGCAACAAAGACAUUUUACCAUUGUCGUAACCAAUAGAGUUAUGGCGGAUUCAAAAUAUAGAUAUUUAUAAUCAAGACAGUUUACCUGGAGUAAAGCAUUACAAAUGCUUUUCGAUUUUCAUCGUAAAAAGUAGAAAAACAACAAAUUCUCAUGUGUUUCCAUAACAUAUAGUUUGUCAGUAAUUAAGUUUUAAAGCCUUCUUAAGAAAUAUAGCAUUUAUUUCCAGAUGUCUAAAUUUUAAAAAAUUUGUUGUCUAACGAUCUGGAGGCCAGUCCCUUUAAAGAGCAGUUAAAACAUGUACCAGCUUUUUACGUCUCCAGAAAAGUGACCAAUACAUUUGAAGAACUGUUUGAUAGAAUUUUUUUUACAUAUGGAAGGUUAUCGUUUCUGCUGAGGCUUGAACUGCUGAGGCUGUUACAAAGGGAGAUCACUCUCCUUGUACACAAGUUAUUGUUGUAGAAGAUUAACUCCCUUUGUCCACUCUCGUCCUUGGAUCAGUUGCCUAAAAAUAGAGAUUACAAGAAUGUUUAUAAAACUUUAUAUUUACAAAAAAUAUAAAGAUAGGUUUACAAAAAGCAAUGCAACUUGAGAUUUUAAAAGAAUGUUGAUCUUAUAUUUUGGGAAUAAACACACAAAUGUGUGUUUUUCAUAUUUACAUUCUGUACAUAUUAAUGCGUUUAACUUGAGGCUAGAACAAAACAAUUCUUGUCUUUACACUUUUUUUUUGACACUUAGGUUGUUUUUUUCUUUGUUGUGUUUUAUUAUAUUUUGUGGGUUUUUUUUGUUUUUUUUUUUUUUCAAUUUUUUUUUAUGGCAGUGGCUACGAUUACGGUACCGUAAUCCUAGCCUCCGAUUCUAGGAUUACGGAAGUUCCGUAUUCCUAGACAACCCUAUGAGGAUAGGCUAGGAUUACGGAAGUAUUUAAGAGGCAUCAAAUGUAUGUUAGGACAUGUAGAAAUGUUAUUGUAAACAUACUUAUUUCACUUAAAAUAGCGUUUAUUUCAUGCCUGCCCUGGCAGACUAACGAAGAAUUAUAUUCUGAAUAAUAGCUCAAAAGGAUUAGAAAAAAAUACCUAUGCUUUAAAUUUCAUGAUUUGAUUAAAUUGCCUGUCAUUUAAAUUUAGAUUUCCGCGCAUCAGAAUCGGGUGAAAUCAACACCCUAAUUAAUACGUUUUGUUUAAGUGAAAUAAGUAAGUUUACAACAUCAUGUAUGCAUGUCUUAACAUUUAUUUGAUGCCUCUUAAAUACUUCCGUAAUCCUAGCCAAUUCUCAAAGGGUUGUCUACGAAUACGGAACUUCCGUAAUCCUAGAAUCGGAAGCUAGGAUUACGGUACCGUAAUCGUAGCCACUGCCUUUUUUUAUUGUAUUUAUGAAGGUAAUUGUUUUGGGAAUCAUAAUUAAGGAUUGAAUGCUGUUUCUUGUGCAUUUAUAUGUGUAUAAACUAGAUUAGGAUGAAUAGUAAAUCUGCAAAUCGUGCUAGCGAUUCUUGGAUGAUUUGCUAGAAGUCCCUGUAUGGUUUAUACCCAAAUAGAUACACAAGAUGUAUCAUUCAGUCCUGAUAUCUACAUUUUACUGUAGCUUCCUAUAAAAAUUUUGAGUUUCCUGUCCAUAGAUAUAAGAGAAUCAUAUGAGCCGCGCC